CCUUGUGCACUUCACACCUGGACUUGUUCCACAAAAUCUGUGUCACUCACCUCCUUAAGUAAAAUGCCAAAUCCCAAAUGAAGAAAUGCGACAUUGGUAAUGCAUACCAAUUAGGGAAAUUUCCAUUAGUAUCAACAAUUAGUCACAGCCACUGAUCUUUUCAUUUCCAUGGAGGAAAAAGAUGAACUUGAGGAAGAAGAAGAAUAUGUUGAUGAUGAAAUCAAGAACAAUUUACCAGUCCAAAACUCAUCUUCAAUAAGUUGGUUCACAAAAAUGAUAUCUUUACAAGUAGAGAUCUUCACCACUAUCUUAGUUUCCCCCAUUUUCUAUAUCCUCUCUUUUGUAUCUGACUUCAACUUCCUCCGCCCUGAAGAAACCGAAAAGAACGUAGCUGUAGCUGUAAAUGCUGCUGCUACAGUACCUUCAAAAGUAGUACAUGGAAGUACUUUACUGCUCAAGAAAUUUGGUGUUGGAAUUCUUGGAGCUGCUUAUGUUGGAAUGGUUUUGACAACGUUGUUGAUUUUGUCGGGGGUUCUGGGAUUUGGGUUAGUGAGAAUGUGGGCGGAAGAGCCUGUGGUAUUGAGAGAGAAGCUGUAUUUUGAUUAUGCAGAUGUUUAUCCUAAGGCUGUUUUUUCUUUUGCUGAAUAUGGUCUGGAGAAUUAUAACCAUAAUUUUAUGAUGUUGAAGCAGAAGAAGAAUUUUGGUGUGCCAGUUGGGCAUACAAUGUAUGUUUCUUUGUUUCUACUGAUGCCUGAAUCUGAUUUCAACAGAGAUAUUGGUGUUUUCCAGUUGGUUGCAGAAGCGUUAUCAGCCGAGGGGAUCAUAAUGGCAAGAUCAAGUCAUCCAUGUAUGUUGCGAUUCAGAAGCCUGCCAAUCCGUCUCAUGCGAGAAUUUAUUAUGAGUGUGCCCCUAGUACUUGGACUUACAGCUGAAACACAAAGGAUGAUCAUUCCAAUGUUAAAGCAUAAGGAAGGUAUUCCAAGAACAGAGGCAAUCAAAAUAACUAUGAUACCUCGAGCUGGAACGCUAGCCCUGCCGCAGCUUUAUCAAUCGGAGAUCAUAUUGAAGUCUCAUCCUCCUUGGUAUAAAGACUUGGCAUACAAGUGGAAAUGGACAUUCUCCGUCUGGACCUCUAUGUAUAUGUAUGUUACACUGCUCAUAAUUCUACUCAACUGGUGCAGACCGCUCGUAUUUCCAGUGAUCGCAACAAGCUUUAGGACACGCGUUGAUGAGAGUUUAACAGUGGAAGCAUCAGAAGAACCACAAGAGAAAGCUCGAGAAGAAAGUGAUGUGUCGGAGUCGGUAAGAAGAUGGCGGCAGAGCAGAAGAAAGAGGAAGGCAAUGCUUCAACAGAGUGUCUCGCCAGAGUUCGCGGAUGAUUCUGCAUCAAGCAUUUCUGUGACUAGGGAGGAUACAGCUGAGUCAAGCGAGUAAUAUGCCAGGAGUUGAAGAUUUUUAGAAGUGAAACUCGAGGAUAGACUGCUCUUUAUAGCAUUAGUUACAAGAGAGAGUGCUGUUUAAGUAGUUGUUUAGGCUUUAGCAUACAUACCUGGAUCUGUUCUGUUCGACAGUCAAAAGUUCUUCUUAUAGAUUUAAGUUAACAAGGUCAAUUUUGGACUCAAUCAGGACUAUUGUGCUGAACUAAUUGUACACUCAGAGAUGCAGACGCUUACUUUAUCUC